AUGAGCACACGAACGUAUAGCGACGCAGUCGACCACCUCAACUCGCUCCAGUCCAAUGCCGCCACACUCGAGGCGCUGCGGACGGGCAAGAGCCGCAUGGACUCGCUCGCGAUACCGGAGAUGGUGGAGUAUCUUGGGAGGAUUGGUUAUACUGCGAAAGAUCUGAACAGACUGAACGUUAUACAUAUCACUGGGACGAAGGGGAAAGGAUCCACGUCUGCGUUCACAGAUUCCAUCCUGCGCCAUGUGAAGCCUGAGUGGAAAGUCGGUCUGUACACAUCUCCGCACCUGGUCGCCGUGCGGGAACGGAUACGCAUCAAUGGUGCGCCACUCUCCGAGGACCAAUUUUCCCAGUUCUUUUUCGAUGUGUGGGAUAGGCUGGAGAAGAUUGAUAAGAGGGAACACGCAGAGACGUCGAAGAUGCCCGCCUACUUCCGCUUCGUAACGCUGGUAGCAUAUCAUGCUUUCCUCAGUCUCGGUGUAGAUGCGACCAUCCUCGAAGUCGGAGUCGGGGGAUUGCCCAAGCCUGUUGUAACAGGUGUUUCUGCGCUCGGACUUGAUCACACCGCUGUGCUCGGAAAGACCAUCGGUGAGAUAGCGUGGCAAAAGGGAGGCAUUUACAAGGAAGGGGUCCCUGCUCUGACUGUAAAUCAGCCUGAAGAAGGCUUCGAGGUGCUCAAACAGCAGGCCCAGAACAGAAAGGCAUCCGAGCUCAUCCUCGUACCGCUCACGGCAGGACUAUCAAAGAUCGAACUAGGCCUCGCGGGCACGCAUCAAUACCAAAACGCUGGUCUCGCUGUGCAUCUCACGAAGCACUUCCUGCACGUCAAGGCAGGCUGGUCACUCGACGAUACACUUCCCUCGUCCUUCGUGGAAGGACUGAAACAGACAAGGUGGCCUGGGCGAUGCCAGACUGUCGUUGACCCAAAGCUUGCACGCCUUACCUGGUUCCUGGACGGCGCACACACGAAAGAGAGCCUCGAAUGCUGUAUGCAGUGGUUCGCGAGCCCCGCCGCGGCGUUGCGUCAAAUAGUACCCUCGUAUCGCCAUUGGCUCAAUUGCCCGAGUGCACCUCUGGUAGCCACCAUGAACUUUGUAAUUAGGACGAGGGUGCUAAUCUUCAACUGCACGAACGGCCGGUCCGCACACGCGUUGCUGGAGACCGCCGUUGCGAAGAUCGCCGCACAGCUGCAGCUGCACGGAGAGGCAAAAGACGCCAACUCAUUCUUCGACUACGUCAUCUUCUGCACAAAUGUCACUUACACCGACGGAGGAUUCAAAGGCGACCUGACCUCCAAGUCGAUCCCGGAGAAGGACCUCGCGCAACUGACGACGCAGCACGAACUUGCUGCGGCAUGGUCGUCCCUCAUCCCGACGUUCCCCUCCGAUCAUAUCCACGUCGUCCCCUCCAUCCAGCACGCCGUUAACCUUGUGCACGAGAUUCUCACCGAGAACGAGCUAUCACAAGUGGUUGACGUGCUCGUCUCCGGCAGCUUGCACCUUGUCGGCGGCGUCAUCGAAGUUGCGGACUUGUCAGAGGUUGCGCUGUGA